AUGAGUUUUUUGUGGAGCGUUUGGAUGUUUCCUGACGACGACAAAAUCGAUUUGUUUUUUUUUUCACGGAGUCCCAUCGUCUUCCUAAUUCCAAUUAUUAUAUUUUCAACGAUAUUUUCUUCUAAAUUUUACAAAAAAAAAAUGAUAAUUCGCCGCUUCCGGGUAAAGGUAUGUGUGGAAGUUGACGCCGUAACGUGUCCGGGUGUCUGGCUGUGCCCUUACGGACGUGUGGAGCUCACCUUUCGCACAAUGGGCUACAAUUUCAAGACAAAUGGCCUGGAAGCGCGAUUCCCGCUACUUUUUCACGAAAAAUUCCACAUGGAGGGCUUCUACCAAGAUGGUGUGGAGACACUGGCUAAGCUAGAGGCACGCCUGGCGAGUGAACGUGUGGAUUUUGCCCUGUACCAGCGUGGAACACGCCUGGCAUUCUUCACGGGGCACCUUGGUACCCUACUACGUUCCAAAUCGCAAACUUGUCAUCCGGAAAUUCAUUCGCAAAUCCUCAUGCGUCCAACACAGUCCUUCCCGGGGAUUUUGGCGCCAAAAAUUGAAAUUCUAACACGUGUGGAAGUGCACGAGAACACUCCGGGGCUUCCGGCAAAAAUCUACUAUGCUCUCUUUGGGACUGAAGUGCAUCGCAUUGAGCGCCCAUGCGAUGGGUUGGUGAGGAAUACAUCUGGCACGUGCCUGCGUUGCCCACGCCUACGACAGAUGCCUGUGUGUCAUGUGAGGGAGUCCCACGAGCCACGGAGGUGCUCCAACUACCCACACCGCUUUGCCCCAAUUCAUCAACACACCACAGGGUGCGCAUCUGCGGACAAUCGAUCGAGGAGUUGUGACUCAGAUGAUGAAGACACCUCCGUAGUAGCCGCAUGCGCACAUUCGCACGAGUGCAGGAAUCACCGUGGGAUUAUGAAUGAGGACGCCCACAGUUCCUUCUCGGAAUCCCACCAUUGUUCGCGUUCGUGCGAUAUUUGUUCAGCGUACAGAAAUCGCUUUUUGGGGCAUUUGGAUUAGUCUUUGUUGUCCUUGUAGAAGAAUUGAGGUUUGUCCGUGAGGGAAUUACCGUAGAUGUCCCUAAGGAUGUCCAGGACGGCCUUUUCAAUGGCAUCAACUUGAUUUGAAGGGCAGUAAUCAUCCUCAGAUGAACGGCUCAUGGUUAUUAUGGUGGGAGUUGGGAAUUUCUUCAGGAAAUCCUUGAAAAUCUCCAGUGAACUGCUUAGUUCAUCUUUUGUGGCUUCAUGGUGGGGCAAUGGGGUUGAGUCUAGUGUGCAACCAGCUGCAUGGACGAUUUCCCAAUCAAUUGGAGCCUCCGUGGCACCCUCAAUAUCCCGAUGGAGAGACUCAAUCAUUUCAUAAAGUGGAUGAUCUUUCUCCUCAAAGCCCUCAAGAUUCCUUUUCUCCUGCAAAUGGGUAAAGAUCCUCUCGAGAAAAUCCAAUUGUUCCAAUCGCUUAGCAACAGUUCCCGUCAAAUCAUUCCGGUCAAGUUUGUAGGAAUAAAUUGGUCUGAGUCUCUCGUGAAGAUUCACCUCAUUGUGGAGCUUUAAGAAGGGAUUAUGCGUGCUAAAGAAGUCGAGAUCAAUGUCAAGGAUGAAGUUUUGCGGCCUUGUAUCACACGCGAGAAUCUCCUGAGUGGUCCCCACGUGAAAUUCAACGCUUCUCGAAUCCCGCAGGCUUUCCUUUGGCAAGAAACUUCCCUCAGAGAUAAAAUACUCAAGCUCACUGUCCACGCGAAUGUGCCCACAGGGACUAGCGCCAAUUGUAAAGUCAUGCCGUCCUGAGGGGAUUUGCUGUGCCCACUCUUGUCGUAUCCAGAAGAUUUUGCCAACAUGCCCCGCAAAGCACAUCGGGAUGAUCCAAUUCUCAAUGCUAAGCGACGAAAGGAGCUUUUCACGAUCAAAAACAACCUCUGUGGGCAAUUUCAUGGGAACCGUGAGAUCCGGAUGGGCAUCAAAGUGUACCAGGGUGUUCCCCUCGAAGGGCAAAUGCCGUGACCCCAAGCACCGAUAGAUAAAUUCCAAGACAUCGUUGUGAUCUUCAACAAUAAACACGGGGAUUCUCUCAAAUGUACGUGGCUUCUUUUCCAUUUAUGUAAUAAAUUGACUCCUGUAAAGAAAAAUUUAGCGAAAUAUCAGAUUUCUUUUCCUUGGAAUUUAAUACUUUUUUUCUUAUGAUUUUUGAACAUCACAUUUUAUGUAAAUAAAUCGAUUUGAUUUGUAAA